GGCAGGAAAUCAGCUGACAACUAGCUGAUAACUCACUUGUGCAGUCUGCAUUAAAAACAAGAAGACCCCGUUCAAUCUAGUUCAGUCCAAAAUACCUCAUUAAAGACAGGAUGCAUUUCAAAAUUAAACAAUGCAAUAGUCUGUGUUCAUUUAAGUUUUAAUCAAACUUGUUUCAAAGUUCUUCAACUCCCCACAACUGACUUUCCGUCUCGCUGUUUGCGCGUUGGUGAACAUAGGCGGAGUUUGAAGUCCCUGUGCUUUCCAAAACAAGAAACGUGUGUUCGACACAAGGUCGGGAUCAGUUACUGCCACCCGGGAGUAGCGACACCAGCUGUGAUGAUAUCAUAGACAGCAUUCCGAUAAAACAGUUCAACCUCAACGCUGGAAGAACAUGUACACUUCCGAAGAGUCCAUACGAAUGACUUCAGACCCCCAGAGCAAACCAGCUCUGCUGAGUCAGGGCACACACACACCCCUAGAGAAAAGCUCAUCUGCUCAAUCAGGCAGUGGUGCAAUGCUUUUGUUGUGUUCUGUGUCAGUGGCCUGCCUGAGUGGGUUGAUGAUGGGCUAUGAGAUGAGUCUGAUAUCUGGAGCUUUGCUUCAGCUCAGAGAAGUUUUGACUCUCUCAUGUCCCCAGCAAGAGAAAGUCGUCGGGUCUCUUCUGCUUGGAGCCUUCUUUCUCUCCCUGGGUGGUGGCACCAUCCUGGACCGUUACGGACGCCGCUUCUCCAUCAUCCUCACGGCCCUGCUGUGUGUUUUAGGAACACUUCUGAGUGUGUGUGUGGUAUCGUUCUGGGCACUCGUGGCCGGGCGGAUGUUGGUUGGAAUGGCAGUUGCACUUUCUGGCACCGCAUCAUGCCUGUAUGCGGCGGAAGUGGCACCAGCCGCCUGGCGUGGGAGGUGCGUGUGCGUGUACGAGCUGAUGGUAGUAUUAGGGAUGCUGCUUGGAUUCGGGUUAAGCUGGGCAUUUGCAGGUAUUCCAAAUGGAUGGAGGUUUAUGUUCAGUGGUGUGCUGCUACCUGCGCUGCUGCAAGCCGGUAUUAUGCCGCUGUUGCCACAGAGUCCACGUUUCUUGCUCGCGCAACACAGAGAGAAAGAGGCUCGCGCCACUCUCCUCCGUCUUCGUGCAGGAAUCAAAGGGAAGGACACCGUGGAGGAGGAACUUCAGGCAGUUCGCCUGGCCCUGGGGGCGGAACGCCUGCAUGACUACCUGGACCUCUUCCGUUCCCGCAACAACAUGCUUCACAGACUGCUUAUUGGUGCUGCGCUGGUUUUCUUGCAGCAGGCAACAGGACAGCCCAAUAUUCUGGCAUAUGCAUCGACUGUUCUCAGCAGUGUGGGCUUCCAUGGGAAUGAGGCAGCGACUCUUGCCUCUACAGGGUUUGGGGUGGCUAAAGUAGGAGGGACCAUUCCUGCCGUGUUUCUGGUGGACAAAGUGGGGCCUAAAGUGCUCCUGUGUGUCGGAACUGUUGUAAUGAUGUUGUCGACAGCAACACUGGGGGCCGUUACUAUGCAGAGCCAGACUCACGUUUCCAGCCUCUGCCAGGGCCCAAUGAUCAAAGCAAACCUCACUUUAUUUGGGAUGGGAGAUGAGACUGAUAUCCAGACAAACACACUACUUGGCUUGUCUCGGCCCUCCACAUCUCACCAUGAACUUCAAACUAGCCACAGAAGAAAUCCUUUCCUCAUUAAUAUUAAUGAUAGUAAGGACCAUUGGAUUUUAAACCACACUUAUGAUCAUAGGACAGCUUUUGUGGAUCCUGCAGAACUGGGGGUUUCACCCUAUCUGAAAUGGAUCUCUCUGGUCAGCCUGCUGGUAUAUGUUGCUGGAUUCUCCAUCAGCUUGGGACCAAUGGUACAUGUUGUUUUGAGUGCAAUCUUCCCAACUGGCAUCCGAGGAAAAGCUGUGUCCGUCAUCUCCGCCUUCAACUGGGCCACCAAUUUACUCAUAUCGUUGACCUUCCUUACACUGACAGACAGGAUCGGUUUGCCCAGUGUGAUCUUCUCCUAUGCUGCAAUGAGCUUCGUGUUGGUGGUGUUUGUGAUUGUAUUUGUGCCAGAAACUAAAGGCCGAUCGCUGGAACAGAUUUCCAAGGAGCUUGCCAUGAAGAAUCAUCUGAGCAGCGCACUGCUGUGUCACAGAAGAAAAAAGGAGGCUAAAACACAAUCCACACCAGAGGAAACUAGGACCCUAACAACUGUUUGACAUUUCACUCAAAUGAAGAGUCUAGGAGUUUGGAAAUUUGCAAGCGAUUAUUAUUUGUUCAUAUCAUCUUAGACCCCCAGUGACACCUGGUGGUGUGGGUGCAGCAUCAAUCAAAGUCAAUAGUUUUCAGUCACAGAUGCCAUUGAAUAAAUUCACUAUUCACAAUCAGCCAUGAUUAAUUUAAUGAGUAAAAGCAUCCAAUAACAAGACGGUUACUAAGAUUAAGCGAGUAGUAAUCAGAUGGUCAUGUGAUUCUAAAAUUGCAGCCCCCAUGAGGGUGCCUCUGCCCCAUGUAGAACAGAUUUUAUAAUGUUACUGAUAUGACUAGAGUGCUCAUCUUUUGUGAGUGCUCGUGAUUUAUACAUACACUGGCGGCCAAAAGUUUGGAAUAAUGUACAGAUUUUGCUCUUAUGGAAAUAAAUUGGUACUUUUAUUCACCAAAGUGGCAUUCAACUGAUCGCAAUGUAUAGUCAGGACAUUAAUAAUGUGAAAUAUUACUAUUACAAUUUGAUAAAAAUAUUCAGAACUUCAUAAAAUACUUGAAAGAAUUAUCAUUAAAAAAAUCCUCUAUGUGCAGCAAUGACAGCUUUGCAGAUCCAUGACAUUUUAGCUGUCAGUUUUUCCAGAUACAGAUUUUCUCCCCACACUUCCUGCAGCACUUACCAUAGAUGUGGCUGUCUUGUCGGCACUUGUGAUGCACCUUACAGUCUAGCUGAAAUGCGGCUCAAUGCGGUUAAGAUCCAUAACACUCUUUUCUAUGAUCUGUUGUCCAAUGUCUGUGUUUCUUUGUCCACUGUAACCUUUUUCUUUUUCUGAUUCAAAAGUGGCUUAUUCUUUGCAAUUCUUCCCAUAAUGCCUGCACCCUGAAUCUUAUCUUUACUGUUGUACAUGAAACUGGUGUUGAGCGGGUAGAAUUCAAUGAUGCUGUCAGCUGAGGACAUGUGAGGCGUCUAUUUCUCAAACUAGAGACUCUGAUGUACUUUUCCUCUUGUUUAGUUGUACAUUUGGCCUUCCAAAUCUCUUUCUGUCCUUGUUAGAGCCAGCUGUCCUUUGAAGACUGUAGUGUACAGCUUUGUAUGAAAUCUUCAGUUUUUUGGCAAUUUCAUUCCUCAAAACAAUGAUUGACUGACGAGUUUCUAGAGAAAGCGCUUUCUUUUUUGCCAUUGUUGACCUAAUCUUGACUUUAAGACAUGGUAGUCUAUUGCAUUCUGUGUCAACACAAAAACGAACAAGACAAUGUUAAGCUUAAUUUAAUUAAACAAAUAGCUUUCCGCUGUGUUUGAUAUAGUGGCAAGUGAUUUUCUAGUCCCAAAUUAGCAAUUUAGCAUGAUUACUCAAGGAUAAGUUGUUGGAGUGAUGGCUGCUGGAAAUGGGGUCUGUCUAGAUUUGAUAUAAAAUUACGUUUUCAAAUAGUGAUGGUGCUGUUUUUUACAUCAGUAAUGUCCUGACUAUACUUUGUGAUCAGAUGAAUGCCACUUUGGUGAAUUAAAGUACCAAUUUCCUUCUGAAACAGCUAAAUCUGUACAUUAUUCCAAACUUUUGGCCUCCAGUGUAUUCAAAAUUACAAUUAAAUUAUUUAGAAGUAAAAUGUUUGAAUGGGGUAAAAUGACUGAGUUCAUCUUUAACAAUGUAACUUCUCAUGGCAUGAAAGGUCAGUUGAGAAGAGUUUAAUAAAUCAAUUUGAUUUGUAUAAUUUUUUAAUGCAUUUUUAAAACACUGCAGUUUUGUUUUGAUGAAGGCCUUUGUACAUUCACUGUUUUGAGACACUUUGGAAAUUAUUUAAAUAUGUUCCUAAUCAUGCCAUGGCAAGUCAAAGCCAAGUUCUGUGGCACAACCACAUAUAGUAUUUGUGUGCUGAGCACUGCUGUGGUCAGCCCCAGAAAGUGUGUCCAAUCGUAAGCAAUGCUAUUUUGUUUUAGUACAAUACAAAAUUUAGUUCAUUAAGAAAUCCACAUGAUCUCACUCUGUCAAAACAAUGAUGACUAUGUAUGUGGUAGCCUAGUAGCAGAUGAGUAAUGCUGGGAUAUUCCUCCUCUUAAAGAGACACACAUACUCAGAGAAAAUAAAGAAAUAAAAUAAAAAAUGUCUAAAAAUGAUCAAUUCAUAUAGGGAUUGUUUUAUUUUGUUUAUUAUAAAAUAUAAAAGUUGUCACAUAUUACAUUAGCAUAAGCUUCACAACCAGUGCUCUGUCAAACAGCAUACACCAGAAAUAUACUGUACAUCAUCUGCUGUUUAAAUGUGGUGUGUGCCAUAUAACCCCUCACUCCAAAAGUUAAAUGUGAUCCUUAAAUGUCACCGUUUGCCAGUUUUUACAUUGAUGUCCAUGCACAGUAAUACAGUUACUUCAUGUGUUUUUAAAUUAUAAACUGUCAGCAACAAAAUGCACUAAUGGUCCUCUUCUGAGCUUGAGGAAGUCAUCAUUAUUCGCUCUGGGGUCCGAACACCAUAGUUUAAAGGCAUGACUCUGAAAACACACGACCCAGACCCACUUGGACGUUAAAUGGCAAAAGCUGCCUCGGGGAGACAUACAGUACAACAGUUACAAGCCUUAAAACAGUCAAUGAUAAGGUGCUUCUUUAUCAAACUGGUGCCUGUGUGUGUUUGUUUUAUCCCAGUGUUUUCUGACACUCAAACAAGAGAGGAUAAAUCUGUUCCACUGCAGAUGCCACACUUUGCACAUUUGGUCCUAGAGAGAGGGAAAUAAGUCAAAGAUUAAGAGAUAAACAACAUUAUGACAGAUUUAUCAACAUUUAAUGGUGAUUCUGAUCUCUCUAUUUAUAAAAAAACUAAACAAAAAAUAAAUAAACGUCUUUAU